AGCCGACAUGCAUGGGCUUCCUCGUGCCAUCAUGCGGACGCUGCCUGUUAAUUAGUGACGUUCUUUCUACAGCCCCUCAAUAUUCAAUAUGUAUUCAACGUCUCUUUGGUUCGAAGUGUCAUCCAGAAUCGUUCAUGGAAGAUCUUCGCGACUUGGACCGAGUACGGGGAAAGUACGGCACAGCGGCCAGCUAAGCCGGCGUUCCCCGUACUGGUCACAUAAAAUACUUUUGGGAAACUUGCGAUCGUACGUUUCAACAUGGCCAGCAAACAGCUGGGUAAAUUACGCCAGUGGGCUGGAGAAGUGAUCUCGUCGAGGGAAAGGACCACAUUGUCGGAAGAGUUCCAAGAGUUGGAAAAGGAUAUCGAGCUGCGUAGGUCGGGUAAUGAAAAACUGUACUUUGCCUGCGAAACGUAUCACCAUGCUUUAAAGAAGAAGAAAGACUGUCUCGCUCUGGACGAUCCUGAGAAGCUCUUGCCAAUCGACAUCUUGGGCAUCGUAAUGAUAACUCACGGAGAGGAGUUUGGCGAUUCAGUUUUUGGAACAAGUCUAGUCAAACUUGGAAGAGCACACUGUAAGGUGGCUACGCUCCAGGAAGGAUUUGCCCUGACAUUCCGCGAUACAUACAUGGCUACAAUUGAGAAAUUCGGAGACGAGAUCAAGGAAUAUGAGCAUCUGAGGAAGAAGUUGGACAGUCGACGAUUAAGUUAUGAUGCCGCUGUAUCGAAAGUUGAGAAGAUGAAACACAAUAAGAAAGAGAAAGAUCGUAGGGACGCCGAAGAAGAUUUGGAGAAGGCUCAGGCACGAUAUGAGGAAACAACGGAAGACGUUCGCGCGCAAAUGCACCAAAUUCAAGAGUUCGAGAUAGACCAGAUGCGCGAGCUCACUGCUCUUCUGGAUAUCGAACUGGAUUUCGUAGAGAAGUAUGCAGAGGUUCUGCGAGAUGUGAAGAACGAAUGGCCUAGUAUAAGCUCUGUCCGCCCGGCUACCAGGACAAACGGCAUCAGCCGCACUACUAGUAAGCGAAAGGAGAAGGGCCAGAAAUCCAGAUUGAAGCGGUCCGUAUCAUCUACUCGAUCCGCAGGCCAUUCCACAGCUGUUGAAGCAUCGGCUGAUGAAGAUGGGGACGAUCCUCAGAGCGGGGUUUCUCGUCCUUCAUCUCGUCGAUCUACUUUCACACAUCAUCGUUCAGAGUCCGUCAGCGGCAAGUCUCGCUCCCGCCCCUCUUCUAGAGCCUCUCGAAAGCGAUCCGACAGUAUUGCUGACGAGGAAAGGGCUGAAAAGGGGACGAUGAGAUUGAAUAUGGCUGGAUUGAUGGGAUCGUUCUCAGGUCGUGGUAAGAAGAAGGAGAGGGAAAAGUUUGCCAAUUUGGAUGACGACGAGGAAGUGAGGGUGAAUGACGAACGAACAGAGACUGAAGACGGGGAUCCGUCUGCGUCUCCUGUCCAGAGCCACAAAUCUUUCUCUGGAUGGUCCUCUUCGACCAAAGGCAGAGCGCGAACGCACAGUAAAAGCAAGUCGGACCAGGUUCCCAUCUCUGAUUAUUCUCCAACUCUUUUGUCACGGAUACAAGGUCAAAUGCAAAAGCAGCCGGAGAAGGAUAAGAAAGUUGUCAGGGCUUUGUACGAUUUUUCUGGAUCUUCGGAUGAACUCUCGUUCAAGGUUGGUGACGAGAUUGUCGUCCUUAGCGAGACACUGGAAGGAUGGUGGAUGGGUGAGACCAAAGGGCGACUAGGCUUGUUCCCAGUUCCAUACACUGAGCCGUUACCCACCAAACCGCCUCUACCAGUCCGACCGGACCUGGUUGGUAGGAGUGGUGGGAUUGCCGCGACGAGCUUGUCAAACUCGAGCAAUUCUCUCCACGACUCUGAUGGAUAUAGAACCAGCGACAUUGAAGAUGGCGAAGUUUACGGUUCACGUCCUUUGGCACAUCAUGAUUCCUCGUUCAUUGGAGUUGGAGGUGGUCUCCCUGAUUCAGCGAGCUUUACGGAGAGUAUACUCGAUGAUGAUAACGAUAACCGUUCUCAACUACUCAAACCUUCUCUUUCGCAUAUGUCUCGCAGAGGAACAGCUUCUACUUCUUCCUCGACGUCUUCAUCACCCGCUUUACCUUUUCGACACGACAGCAGCACGACGCCAAAGAAAGCUCCGCCGCCGCCGCCUCCCCGAAGGUCUACGGGAAAUUUAUUGCCGUCGGCUACACCACCGAUACCACCGCGGCGACCAGGUGCACCGAGAUCUCAAUCGUCUUCAAUAUCUUUGCCACAGUCUAUGCCCGCUUCGUCGUCGUCUGUAAGCAGUCAUGAUGGACAUUAUGAUAGGUCGCCAUUUGAUAGUUUGACGGAGCUGUCUGGUGAUGGUGGAAAGAGUAAUCCGUUCUGAAGUCGUGGUUGUAUUCCUCCUUGUGCAGCGCAUCGUAUUGGUGGUACCCCACGGUCUGUCAACUGUAUUUCUCGCGGCCCCAGCCCCCCUCCGUAUACAUUAAGUACCCACCAUAUUCACUGGAAUCUAUCGUACGAUUCGUAAUCGUCUGUUUCCCUCAUGUACUUUCUCCGCUAUGGACUGUAAUGACUGGCAUUAAUAACUUUGUGAUUGCUUAUAGGCCCUAUGAUUAUUAUUAUUCUCUAUGUAGGUGCGAGACGUCGCGCCAAUUCCUAACUUAGCACGCUUACUCUAAGCUGCUCCCUGCAUUUACUUCCUGG